AUGAAGCUGCAUUACAUCGGUGUCCUCCGCAACGAGAGCCAGCCGGCUCAUGAGAUUGUCGCUGAGAAGGAGCUCAGCAGCUACUCGCGAUUCACCCGCAAUAACUAUGGCGAAUUCAUGACCCUAUUCGCAAAGACCGUCGCUGAGCGCACCCGUCCCGGACAGCGACAGGAUGUUGAGGAGCAAGACUACACUUUCCACGCCUACGGCCGUACAGAGGGUGUCUGUGGCAUCAUCAUCUCCGACCACCAGUACCCUGCCCUUGUGGCUCACCAACUUCUUAGCAAGGUUGUCGACGAGUUUCUCUCCAAGAAUCCCCGCUCCAGCUGGGCAACCGGAACGCCCACUCUCUCCAUGCCUGAGCUGAAGGAGUACCUCACCAAGUACCAGGACCCCCAGCAGGCCGACAGCAUCCUCAAGAUCCAGAAGGAGCUCGACGAGACCAAGAUUGUUCUCCACAAGACCAUCGAGAGUGUGCUACAGCGUGGAGAGAAGAUCGACGAUCUGGUAGCCAAGAGUGACGGCCUAAGCGCCCAAAGCAAGAUGUUUUACCAGCAAGCCAAGAAGCAGAACUCUUGCUGUGUUUUGAUGUAA